CGGAUCUUACUCCACGUCUCACCCUGUACAUAUGACUAAGAAAUUCUCUAGACCUGCAGUAUCAUGGUCAUGAACACACAGCCAUAAUUUUGAAUACAGUGUUCUAGUAGAGUUAACACAGGAGAUUAGAACAGGAUUACUUCAAUAUCGCUGCGCAAAAUUGGUGAGGUAUUUUCUAUUUACGAAGUAUUAAGUACUGCAAUUGUCUAUAUAUCAGGGUUGGAACUUCUUUGUGCGUCUAAGCCACGGUUGUUAAUGACAACAAUACUGACAUCAACAAAUUGAUUGUUUCGGAUUUUAAGUCGAGGCUCUUUGUCAUCUUACAAUGUGAACAUUCAUGAAGAAAUAGAAAUCGGAAAAGUAGCUUGCAAUUAUAUAAGUCCUGGCGAAUUCAACAUGUGGAAGAAGCCUCUUCUCUGGCCACUACAUCGGAACAAUAAUCUUGAAGGAAGAAACCAUAACCUUAAGUCACAGCCCACCAAGUUGAUAAAAAUGUCCGACAGUCUAGGCCUUGGGUUUUGGCUUGUUUUUCUUUUCGGUAUCGGCAGUAAGAAGUUCCUGCAUGGAGACACCCUUAUCGCAUGGGAGACUGGUCUAGGCUAUUCAGCGCCUAUUUGCACCACACUUAGCGAAGUAUAUCGAUAUGAAAAGAACGUUCUCAAGGCGUUUAUCGCCUUAUUAGUCGCCAUUUCUAGAGGCCUAUAUAUCGCCAUCAAGCCCCAGCAUAUCUUUACCUUAGAAUAUGUCCUUGCUAACCUAUACGUUCUUUACGCCAUUGGUGUUAUAGUACUCUCAUACCAAGCCUGGCGAAACGCUGAUUACGGCAAACGGACCGCCAAAAAGAAGUCCCGUGAAUCCGACAGCCCAAGGCCCACCUACGCCUGCGGAAUCUGUUCCUUAAGCUUUCCACUCGAGGACUUAUUUACAUUUGACUGCCCUAGAAGUCACACCUAUCAUGACAGUUGCCUCUUUGAGAGAGCUCGUCAAGGCCAAGCGAUCAGGAAUAGGUGUCCCGAAUGUGACGCAGACCACCCUAUUAGGCAACAAACUUAUCCUCGAUCUGAACCAAACUUCUUAGACAAGUCUCGGCUGAUGUGGUACAUCAACUCACUGUUCAGUCGUCGCAUUCGCCUCCUCGUUCGUAGAUUCGGCUACCAACAGAGACCGGCUCUUCAAAAUGCGUCUCCUAUGCGAGAAAGGGCUUUGCUUCAAGCUCUCUGCUUAGUCUUGGUUGUGCACAUGUUUUCUAUGACGUCGCUCGUUAUCUUCGUCUAUAUCGUUCAUACAGUUCACAGCCUACCGUUUGGUUGGCUAGUCCAGCUUUUUAUACUUCUUUACAUAACGGCAACUCUAAGUUAGUAUAUCUUCCGAGCUCCCCGGCGGCCGAUGUUUACUUCAACGCUCGUAUAGUUAUAGACUGGUUUACAACCACGACUUAUUGUCUGCUCAGCUAUUGCGGUCUCAACCUGGAUCAACGGCAAGAGCUUCCUCGCCGGGAAACUCUGAUGAAGCAAGCGAGGGAGCUG